GCGCAGCAGGGUGUCAUUUCAUGGAACUAGUUUUUCGUGGCGUCACGCGUUCACAGCGCGCUGCCGCGGAAGCAUCCAUUUUUUUUUGGCUUUGACAUUAACGCGCAUCCCUUUUUAGUGCGAUGGCGCCGCGGUCUGACCGGAGCCCCCCGUCCGUCCCGCUUAAUGUGCUCGUGAAGGAGAACCGGACCGACGGGCAGUGACCCACUCGGUGCGAGAGAACCAACCGUUACCGCUGUGAGAGGAGAGGUUGUGCAGCCUCGCUGGUGAAUCUGCAUCAAAGCCACCAUGACCAAAGAGGAGGAUGAGGCCCCCGACUGGGUGGGGGCCCAAGAGUUUUACGCCAAGUACGAGACCAAGGAGGUUCUGGGAAGGGGAGUGAGCAGCGUGGUGCGCCGCUGCGUCGACAAGAUGACGUCCUCGGAGUACGCGGUUAAGAUCAUCGACAUCACCCCCUCGGACAAGACGACCCCGCGGGAGAUCGAGGAGAUCCGAGAGGCCACGGUGAAGGAGAUCGACAUCCUGAAGAAAGUCUGCGGACGGGACAACAUCAUACAGCUCAAAGACUGCUACGAGUCCAACGCCUUCUUCUUCCUGGUUUUUGACCUGAUGAAGAGAGGUGAACUUUUUGACUACCUCACAGAGAAAGUUACUCUGAGUGAGAAAGAAACCCGGAACAUCAUGCGCGCUCUCCUGAAGGUGGUCCAGUUUCUCCACGGCCAGAACAUUGUCCACCGGGACCUGAAGCCCGAGAACAUCCUUUUAGACGACGAGAUGAACAUCAAACUCACCGACUUUGGCUUCGCCGUGCAAACCCAGCCGGGACAGACGCUAAAAGAGGUGUGUGGCACUCCUGGUUACCUCGCUCCUGAGAUCAUCGAGUGCUCCAUGGACGCCGGGCACGCAGGAUAUGGCACCGCUGUGGACAUAUGGAGCUCGGGGGUGAUCAUGUACACGCUACUCGCAGGCUCUCCUCCCUUCUGGCACAGGAAACAGAUGAUGAUGCUGCGGAUGAUCUUGUCUGGUAGCUACGACUUCUCGUCUCCAGAGUGGGAGGACCGCUCAGACACUGUUAAAGAUUUGAUCUCCCGGAUGCUCGUGGUGGACCCGAAGCAUCGGUACACAGCUGCAGAUGUCCUCAACCACUCGUUCUUUUCUCAGUAUGUGGUGAAUGAAGUACGGCAGUUCACUCCAUACAGGCGAUUCAGGGUCAUCUGCAAGACUGUUCUCGCCACCAUGCGCAUCUACUGCAACUACCGCCGCGCCAAACCAGUCACCAAGGAGGUGAUCGUGAGCGACCCGUACGCCGUCAAGCCCAUCCGCAAGCUCAUUGACGCGUGUGCAUUCAAGAUCUACGGCCACUGGGUCAAGAAGGGUCAGACUCAGAACAGAGCGGCGCUCUUUGAGAACACUCCCAAGGCCAUCCUGCUGUCGAUGGCUGCAGAGGCCGACCAGCCGGUGCACCUGAUCUGGUGAUGAUCCGCGGCCUACAGAUCUGCUGCACAUAAGACGAGAAUGGUCUGGUAGUUACAGGAAAAUAACUGGCAACUUUUAACCAAUGACAACAGGACGUGGUUAAGUUUGGAGAGCUUAACAUGCUGCAUUGUUGGGAUUUGUUUUAUGACACAACAGUCUGAAAGAUUGGAGUAACAGAUUAACCGGGAAAAUGGCAGUUUAAAUUUUAUUUGCCAAUUCUCAACUGUCUUUUGACUGCAAGUGGACAUUUGAUGCCUGAAACAUUUUCCUUUAACUAUGCAUAAAUCGGUCUGUGGUGCUUAUGAAAUUGGAGUGAUUUAAAUUGUUUUAGUACAACAAGCCUAAGUUGAAUGUUGAAAGUAGAAUACAAAAGACCCAUUCUUGAGACAUUCACAAGUUUAUUACAAAAGUCUGUAGCGCUUUGCCUCAAAGGCAGUUGGUGCUAGUCUUCGGCACAAGGCCCUGCUUUCCCUUGUGGACCUGUAGGUUGAAAAAUGACAAAAGCAUUAAAGUUUGAAAUGGAUUUGGAUAGGUCAAUCAUGUUCUAACCAGGAAUAGUGAGUUGGCUACGUUUUCCACAUGAGUCGGAAGAGCUGCAGAAUUUAGAAAAAAUAAAAGCUUUAAAAAACUA